GUCAGAAACUCUAACGUUUUAUCCAAAAGAAAAAAAAAAAAAUCUCUAAAUGGCUCUCUCCUCCUUCUUGUGACGGAUAACUGCAAGUCUGCAACUGCCUGCCAUCUCCCUCUUCUUUCGACGAACGACUGUGGCUGUGACUGGACUGUGAAUCUUCUGUCACCCCCUGCGCAAAACAACCUUCUCUUCCUCUCCUUAUUGCGCGAACCAAAGGUUAGAAACUGAGAAUGGGGGAAGAGAAUGAAGAAAUGAAAACAUUUAAGGAUUUGGGCUUAUCUGAGUCACUGGUGGAAGCUUGUGAAAAAUUGGGUUGGAUAAAUCCAUUAAAGAUACAGGUAGAAGCGAUUCCUCUUGCACUGGAAGGAAAAGAUGUGAUUGGACUUGCCCAAACGGGUUCUGGUAAGACUGGAGCUUUUGCCCUCCCCAUAUUGCAUGCCCUCUUAGGAGCACCACGCCCAAAAGAUUUCUUUGCUUGUGUGUUGUCUCCCACAAGAGAACUUGCUAUCCAAAUUGCUGAGCAGUUUGAAGCUCUAGGUUCUGAAAUUGGUGUCAAGUGUGCCGUGCUUGUUGGAGGGAUUGACAUGGUACAACAAUCCAUCAAGAUAGCGAAGCAACCUCAUAUCAUUGUUGGGACACCUGGACGAGUUUUAGACCACCUAAAAAACACCAAAGGAUUUUCUCUAGGUAGAUUAAAAUACUUGGUCUUAGAUGAGGCAGACAGGCUGUUGAAUGAGGACUUUGAGGAAUCACUUAAUGAGAUUUUACAAGCUAUUCCUCGUGAAAGGAGAACGUUCUUGUUUUCUGCUACGAUGACCAAAAAGGUCCAGAAGCUCCAAAGGGUUUGUUUAAGGAAUCCUGUGAAGAUUGAAGCAUCAUCUAAGUAUUCCACUGUUGACACCCUGAAGCAGCAGUAUCGGUUCUUGCCUGCCAAACACAAGGAUUGCUACCUUGUAUACAUUCUCACUGAAAUGGCUGGAAGUACAUCAAUGGUGUUCACCCGUACAUGUGAUUCAACUCGGCUUUUGGCUUUGAUUCUUAGGAAUCUUGGUCUAAAAGCCAUCCCAAUUAAUGGUCAUAUGAGCCAGCCAAAGAGACUUGGAGCAUUGAAUAAGUUCAAGUCUGGGGAGUGCAAUGUUCUCCUUUGCACUGACGUUGCAAGUAGAGGACUGGAUAUUCCGACGGUAGAUAUGGUGAUUAACUAUGACAUUCCCACAAACUCCAAAGAUUAUAUACAUCGUGUGGGAAGAACUGCUCGAGCAGGACGCUCCGGAGUUGCUAUUUCCCUUGUGAACCAGUAUGAGUUGGAGUGGUACAUUCAAAUAGAGAAACUUAUAGGCAAGAAGCUACCAGAAUAUCCAGCACAAGAAGAGGAAGUUUUGCUUUUGGAGGAGCGUGUUAGUGAAGCCAAAAGAUUAGCAGUAAUGAAAAUGAAAGAGACCGGAGGGAAGAAGAAACGAAGGGGCGAAGGAGAUUUUGAUGAGGAGGAUAUCGACAAGUACUUAGGUCUGAAGGAGGGAAAAUCGUCCAAGAAAUUUAAAAGAAGAUGAGAUCUAUUAUCACACUGAGUAAGUGAUAUUUUUGUAACAGACAGAGAUGAAUGAGACAAAAGAUGCCAUGAAAAAUUUAUGAAAAACUGAGAUUUUAUGCCACUUGUGAUCUACUUUGAGAUGCUGCUGCUGCUGCUGUUUUUUUUUUUUUUUUUUUUAAAGUUUCCCAAUGCA